AUGCUCCACCAGAUCAUUGGUCAGGCCAAGAAGUAUUCUAGCUUGAUCCCCCUCUUCAUAUUUAUUGGACCAGGAUGUACUAGAACAGCAUCGUAUGUCAUGUGCCUGGCAUUGUUCAAUCCUGUUGUCAGCUGGGACAGAAAGAAUAACCCAGACCUCUGGAAACAGCUGGGACCUAAUCAUCAGUACAAGUUCAACUCUGUGAGUGUAGAUUACAGGAGAAUGAAGAAGGAAGGUCCAGACUUCUAA